AUGCCGUCCUUGAAAGCUUUCACAGUCAUCAAACUGACAACACCCUACGAUGAGGCUAUCAAAGGCGUUACCUACGUCAUUCACCUCGCCUUACCUCUCCCUUCGCCGUUCCUGGACCCACAGACGGGCAUCUACAAGCCAAAUAUCAAGAGUGUGAGCACCCUACUUGUAUCCGCAUCCAAGGAGCCAUCGGUGAAGAAGAUUGUCAUCACGUCUUCGGUCUUUGCAAACAUCCCCUUCCCUCCCGACCCAAGCCAGGAAAUCACGACUAGGAGCAGAUUGCCUAACCUGCCGAGACCGUUUGACUCAAUGCUCCCCGCAUACAGUGCCGGCAAGGCCGCAGCGCUGAACUUCACCGAGAACUUCAUCAAGGAGAAGGAGCCCUCCUUCGCCGUUGUCACCGUCCUCCCUGGUUUCGUCUUCGGCCGGGAUGACAGAGCUCUAGAUGUCAAGGAUCUCUAUGCUGGAACCAAUCGCAUCCUUCUGGGAGCCAUCACUGGGCAGUCUGCUGCUAGCCCUAUGCCAGCAGGUGCCACCCAUGUGGAUGAUGCCGCCAAGGUACAUCUAGCAGGAUUGAAAGAAGGCAUUGCUGGCAGCUUCGGCAUCACGACGGUCCACAACUUCAAUGAUGCCUGGAAAGCCGUUGAGAAGCACUUUUCCGAAGCUGUUGCUGACGGGACAUUCACGCAGGGAAAUCAGCCAACUGUGCCCGUUAAUUGGAAUGCUCAUCAGACCGAGAUUGAUCUCGAGUUCACUUUCAAGACCUAUGAGGACAUGGUUGUUGACGUUGCCGGCCAGUACCUUGAGUUGUCAGGCAACAAGGGGAAUUAA